UUCAAGUAUGAACUCUGAUAUUUUUACGAUUAAUACACUGAGAUAAAUGAGAUCGUUGCUGGUAUUUAGAGUAUAGAGCUAUAAUUUAAUCUGGAUAACAAAAUUUAGAUCAUUUUAUCUUUGAUGAAUUUGAUUCAGAAUGUUUCUUUUGAUGACAAAUUAAAUCUUGUUAGACUCGUGAGGAGACACGUGUGAGAGUACAGCGUUCCUUUUAACACAUAGGAGAUAUUAAAGAAUCUCAUAUGAUAUCUAUGCUGAUGUUCUUCUCUCUCCUGCUGUAGAUUCACUCAGAGAAGUUGCCAAAGAUGAGUAUGAAGAGUCAUGUGAGUGUGGAGAAGAUGGUGAGAUCUCUGACUCAAAUGCAGGAGUCUCGACACGAUACACUGAUGACAACUGUCCUAAAAGUGUUCACCCUACCCAAGGCAAAGGAACACACACACAGCAGUUGAGUAGGCAGUAUGCAGGCAGCAGUUCACAGUUGCAGCAUGAUGAAUCUCACCUUUAAAAUCAACGACAUUAAGAUAGAGGUGAGCAGCGAACUGGGUGUCAACAGUGGGCUAGAUGUUCAUCUAGCUUUACAAAAUGACCCCACACCGUCCGCUGCGAAACGCGAAAAAGUCAUAUUUGAAAUCUCCAGAGUCCAGACAAACCCAUCUAUGAGGAAAGAUGUUGAGGAAGAGAUUUUCUAUGAGGCAUCAGACCAGCUUCAUCUGGUCACCCCCAAAUCUAAAUGUGCUGGAUAUUACGAUGCUUUUGAUCAGCUUCCAGUGAUCAGUAAAUCUGAGCAUCCUGAAUCCAAGGAAGGGAUUUUUUACGAUGCUUUAGAUCAGCUUCCAGUGAUCAGUAAAUCUGAGCAUCCUGAAUCCGAGGAAGAGAUUUUUUACGAUGCAUCAGAUCAGCUUCUUCCGACCAAUGAAUCUGAGCAUCUUGAAUCCGAGGAAGAGAUUUUUUAUGAUGCUUUAGAUCAGCUUCCAGUGAUCAGUAAAUCUGAGCAUCCUGAAUCCGAGGAAGAGAUUUUUUACGAUGCGUCAGAUCAGCUUCCUCGGAAUGCUGAAUCUCACCAUCACAGAGUUUGUUGUGAAGAACACAGACUGUUCCAGGUAGCUUACACGAGGCAGAAAGACGGUGUAGCUCUAUUUCAAGAGCUCAUGUCAAUAUCUCCCGGCAUGCAGAGGUUCACUAACUUACAUCGUGUACCCUGGCAAGAAACCUUGAAUGAGAUUGUUAAAUCUCAAAUUCCAGAAGACAUCAUAAAUAAUUUGAGGAGUGUUUUGGGAGAAACGUGCAAAGUUGCCGUGAUGCUUGACAGGUUGCCUACAACAUAUCAAGCUGAAAUGUACACAUACCUCUCCCACAAAUUGCAAAACCUCUUCCUGCGGCUGGGGAAACUUGUCUUGAGACAAAAUCAUCCUAAGGUUUUGAAAGAGAUUCCUAAGACGUGGUUGACGAUGACGGGGUCAAAACUGGGCAUGAUGGUCUCUCUGAAAAUGUGCAGUUAGUGUGGGAUGGCGCGGAGGCCCCUGCACCCAACGGAAGGAAACCCCAUCAGACAAGCCCAGUCUGCCGAGAAAUAACAAAGCCACUCAAGUGAAUCUGUGCAUGUGAGUUAUGAAGACAUCAUAUUUUACUCAACUUAACUUAUGUUACAUUUGUUACAGCUUGCAUUUAAUGUUAUCAUUAGAAGUUAAGUCAAAUUAAAGUACAAGCUAAGUCAAAUUAUUGUUAGGAGGGAAAAUACUUCAACAUCACAAUCAAUUUUCCUAAACAGCAUUGAUAUUGAAAAGAGUUCAAAUUGAGACUUUUGCUUCCAACUCUCAGAUAUGAGAAACAGCUCAAUAUACCCUGUAAAUAUUAACAUUUAUUUUCACCAUAUCUAAACCUCUAAAAUAUCUAAAAUCCUUGAUCAACAUGCUGGGUUAUUUUCAACCCAGCGUUGGGUCAAAAAGGGACAAACCCAACUCAAUAGGUUGUAAAUGAACCUGGGUUGUGUUUUUAUUUUUUGGGGGGCCUUUAUAGCUUUUUAUACUGAUAGCACAGGAGCCGGUAUUCAAACUGGGGUCGCCCAAAAUGCUGCACAAAACGUCGGCACACACUUCACUGGAACUCCAGCGUUGUUUUAACCUAUUGUGAGUCAAAUAUAAACCUUUUUCUAGGUUAAUUUAACUCGGUUGGGUUCGUCCCUUUUUGACCCAGCACUUGGUUGAAACCCAACAUUCUUUAGAGUUUGUGCUGCUUGUUGCUUUUUUAACUAUGUAAAAAUAUACUUCUACUAAAACUAAAUAACUAUCCAUAUGUUUUUGUUUAACGAUGACUAAAAGUUCAAUUGUCUUACAGAUAAGUGUGUGCACCAUAUAACCCAUUUUUUUAAUCAUGCUUAAUUGUUUCCACCUGCGAGAUCAAGAUGGUCUGAGGGCACUAAAGGUGAGCGGACGAAAUCACUCUUGUCACAUCAAAUGAAUUUGCUCAUGACUCCCACUUUCUCCAGCUGCACAGUGAGGAUCAGGAAGACUUUCUGUGCGGCUUAACAUGGUCAGAGCUUCAGUGAGUGCAUCGGGAGGUCAGAUCAUUAGUCAACUCACUAUAGCUGCUCUGUGCUUCAUGUACAGUGAGUAUCUGUAUUUGAUAAGAUAGAUGUCCAUGUUUCAGUGCACUGGUGUAUCUUUUAACCUCUGAACUGCCUUAUCAAACUCUGCAGUAUCUCUUAUCUCAUGAGUGUUUGUGGGGUGGCAAAAAUUGACAUACUAUUAAAUGUAAAAUGAUUUUGAAUAAUGAAUAGUUCAACUAUAUUUUCUAUGUAAUUUUAAUAAAAAAACUAUGCAUUUGUUCUUGUUGAGUGUGUUCUCUGGGCCAAGGACAGGAUGUGGGACUAUUUUGCCACAAGAGUUCUGUGGUUUCUUAUCUUAUCUGUUGUUUUGAAGAUUAUCACAUGGACACAAAUGUACCAUAAUUAAACCAAUUAACCUUAUUUAAAGUCCAUUAUGGCGCAGUUACAUAUGUAGAAGAUAGUAAGUCAUUACACUGCCACUGAAAGACAAAUUUGUCUUAGUCUUUUUUCCAACAUGUAUUGGAUAAAAUAUACACAGCCGUGGUAAAAAAUUAAGAGAUCAUUCUAAAUUUUCAUUUAAUCAGCAUUUUGUGGCCAUUCCAGUCUAGUGUCUGUUGAAUUUCAACAAAAUCAAACCUCAGGAGUGACACAGUCACCCAACAGCAAUGUGAAAGACCGACAGAAUGACACUUAACAUAAAAACUGUGAUAAUUCGAGGUUGUCACAUACAUUUUUUUUUUACUUUUCCUAAAUACAUGUAGAAAUAUUACUGUUGUAUUGCUUAAAAGGGAAUAUGAACUUGUUUUCUUCGCUAAAUUUGAGGUCUGAAAAAAUACAGAGCAUAUUUUCUGUUAUUUUCACCUUUUUCUCCAGUUUUCAUUUUCUGACUAGAAACAAUAUUUGUAUUUGAAAUUUGGGAGAAAUAAUUUUAGUAGUUUACAGAAUGAAACAAAAAUGCUCAUUUUACCAAAACAGAUACCUAUACACAGAAAAUUCAGAAAAACUGAAAAUAAUUUUGAAAUGGUUUCUUAAAUUUAUUUCUGCGGAUGUAUGUACACUAGGUGCUGCAAAAGGUUUUUCAUAGCAAUGCCAUAGAAUAAUCAUUUUUCUGUUUCCCAAAGAACCUUUUCAUAUUUUUAAGAACCUUUUUUGCACUACUAUGCAUGGUUCUUUGGAUGUUAAAGGUUCUUUAUGGAACCAUACAUCCAAAAAUAGUUUGUUUACUGCAUUGUGUACCGCCUAUAAUUCAGGUGUAUAUAUAAAUGUUGUCUGCAUCUUCACAGAAGAAAAUCCUAACAUGUACAGCAUUCAAUCACAGUCAUCUUUGGAGACACUAUAGAAGGUUAUAUGUUAAAUGAUGAAGAAGUAUUUCCGUCCAUACACACACAUGCAGACAUACAUGUACACACAUGAACAUCUCUAAGCUAUUCUAAUGUGAACAGGCGUUGUGUGCUACACGUUAUGUGAGUUUUGGACUGACUGAUGUUAUUCUAAAAACCAUAGAGCUGUCCAUCAAGCUCUCACCCAGCCGGGCGGUCAACCGUCUCGUCCUAAUCUUUCACUGUUGCUCUGAUAUUUGCAUCAAAGUGACUAUUAUAUUUUCUUGCAUAUCUCUGUCAUCAGCUGGUAUUAGCCGUGUUUUUGCUUGAGUAAUGAGCAAUUGGGUCUUAUUUGAAUCUUUUAUCUGAGUGUUAUCACAGCGCGAGUCGUAUUUAUGUUUCCAUGCGUAUUUCUGCCAAAGUAAAGACGGUAGUAAGGCUUUUCUUUUGAUUUUUAUUAUUGCAUUUCUGCAAGAAAGCCAGAAAGAAAAUAAGGCAAUGGUCCAGAUGUGUAGCUUUCCCUAAAAACAAGAAAUACCAUUAUAAACGCCCAAUUUUAUUUGUAUUUUCUCAGACCAAUGCAGUACUUUGAUGUAAAUCAACGUUUUUGAGGUUUUGCAUCUGUUCUAAAUCAAUCUGAGGGUUUUCAACAAUGGUACGAGAGUAUAAACCAUACAAAUAGUCACGCAAGAGGUCAGUGCCUCGUUUUUUAAAAUAGGAAUAAAGUAAAUAAAAGAGGAGCCAGUCACUGAUGAGUGGUUUAGAUGAAAUCGUUCAAUUGUGUUUGCUUGUGCAUAGAAAUAGGAGUAGCCUGUUCAGUUCUGUUUCUCUUAGUUCUUAGUUUUAACUCCUAGACAUCAAUGGCAUAUACUUUAGAUAUGAUUUUAGAAUAGAUGUUUUUCCUGAGAAGUAGACCUCUGUCUCUUAAUGUUUGUCUUACAGAUUGAAAUUUCAAUAAGCAGAGAUUUUGGUAUGAAUUUUGUUCUAUUUCAAAAUCAUCCAACUUAAGCUAUGUUAAUUUUAUAUCUUAGCUUUUAUAGUAUUUGUGUCUGUUUUAUUCCAGAACGUCAGAAACAUAUUACAGAACUUCAUAGGUCUGAGCAAUGAAGAAAUUCUUUAUUUGACUAUGUUUCUCUUGUUUCCU